GUGCAGAGACAGUCAGACUAGCAGCGAUGGCCGACGCAUAUUCGUAUGCUCUGCUCGUCAAGCUCGAAGAAAACAACAUACCAAGACUAAAAAACAAGUUAGUGAAAUACUUUCAGAGUAAGAAAUCUAGCGGUGGAGACUGUGAAGUCGACUAUGAACAGGGCAGCAGGACAGCGCUGCUGCGCUUCCGCAGAGAGGAGGACCAGAAAAAUGUGUUGGGGAACGAGUCGCAUCAGAUCAAUGUGGAUAAAGGCGUGUUGAAGAUGACAGUUCACUUACCCACAGAUCAGGGCACACAGCAGGAAACUCAAGCUGUUGAACUCAACAAGAACCGAUCCGAUCACCAACUCCCAAAAAGGACGAAGGAUAGGGAAAGCCCAGAACAUGUGAAAAAGAGUCGCUGGAGCUGCACUACACCUCUCACAGGUGACACUAAUGAGGAUGCUGCUACAAACAAAGAGCAGAGUAAUGAUGAACGUGAUGAACGCACACCUGCAGCCGAAAGUGAGACCGUGGCGAAAGGCAAAGAGGAUGAAACAGCAGAAGAAGAUGUCUGCCCCAACUCUGCUCUUUUAGAAAAUAUCGCAGAUAAGUUGUACGGAGAGUUUUUGGAGAUGCUGGUGGAGAACAUUUCAAAGGAUUUUGACUCUUCAUCUAUGUCCCAAAGCUUCACUUUGGAAGCCAUUCCUGCUUUCUCCUCUGCUGUUGUGACUUUCCAGAGUGAAAAAGAAAACAAUCAUUUUGUGACUAGAUGCCCCCAAAACAGGACAUUCAAGAAUAAAGGAUUGUCAGUCCGGAUUCUCGAACCCACAGACCAAGUUGUCGUUGACGACAUCAAAAAUUUCAGUGAAGAUCACCUCUGUCUGUAUUUUGAAAAUACAGGUUGGGAUGUGGAAAAUGUCACCAUUAGUGAAGAGGAUCAGUCUGCUCUCAUCUCCUUUAAAGACCAUAGAGCCGUUCAGGACAUCAUGAAGAAGAAGCAUCACAUCAAAGGGGUAGAAAUCAAAGUGUAUCCCUUUUACAAAUCUCUGGGAACAGCCCUUUAUGGAAAAGACAAGCCUUCGCUAAAACUCCCUGCUGCGAUAUCCGAACCCAUUGAUGGUGCUGUCCUGAGAUACCUAAAUGACAGUAAAUCAGCAGCAGAUACAGUUCGUAGUGACUUGGCGACACACUUCUGCAAUGUAAACCUCCAACAAUCUACUGUGUACCUGAGCCCUUUUCCUACAUUGCUACAACAAAAGGAUGCUGAAGACCUCAUCAAAGAGUGGACGGACGUAGUGAAGUCAGCCUUUGCGAAAGCUGUGUCAAAAUUCAAAUCCCUGAAGUUGCAGCUACAGUCAGAGGUGUGGGAAGAGUCAGAGGAUAAGAUCAGAAAGAUGCUACUCAAUGAAGAUGUGAUUGUUGUGCCUGAUAAAGCCAGUGGUGUCUUAUCAGUGGUUGGUCUUGUUGAUGAUGUCAACAGACUAGAGAAAACGCUUUCUGAAGUUGUAAACAAGAUUGUCAAAAGGGUCCACAGGGAGAAAUCAAGCAUAACCCAAGAGAUCCAAGUGCGACCGUCUGUUUUGCACAUCUUGUGUCAAGAUGGCCUUCAAGGCAAGCUGCUACAGGUUUACCCAGAGCUCAAAAUAUCAUCUGGAAAAGAUGGUCUGAAUUUGAUUGUAACUGGCUUAGGGCCAGAGGUUUUGGCAGUACAAAACAUUAUAUAUCAGCAAAUGCUUGCACUAAAAAAACUGAAUUUAGAAAUGGACAACUUUGUGCUUGGCAUGUUGAAGGACGAAAACCAAGAGGAACUUACAAAGGCUCUUCUCACAUCUAAUAAAAUAAAUGCAGCAUUUGAGAUAGCUUCACAAAGAGUCCAGCUCCUUGCUGUGUCUGACGGAGAUCUGAAUGAUGCUGUAGAUCAUUUGACAAAGCUGCUAAUAUCUAAACACAUUGAUGUUGAAGAUAUUAAUGUCCUGAGGAAGCCAGAGUGGCAAAAGAUGAUCCUCCAGUUAGAGAAUGCCAACAGUGAGUUGUGCAGAAAAAUUCAAAUCCAGACCAAAGGAUCACAAGUUGUGGUGUCUGGCAACAAGGAUACAGUCACAAGAGUUAGCAGUAAACUUGAUGACUACUUACAGCAAAAUGCUCAAGUUGAAGAAGUUGUUGCAGUGAAGAACAACACCAUAGUUGAGUAUAUUAAAAAACAUCACACAUCUUGGUUGGAGCAAGUGGCAGACAAAGUGGAGGUGUCUUUCCAAAAAGAGGCCAUCUGUCUAAGUGGUUCCAGAGUCAAUGUCACAGAUUGCAAAACCUCGGUCGAAGACUCAGUCUCUUCUGUCUACUUUGAAAGUUUAAAGGUCUCCAAGCCUGGAAUGAAAAAGUUCUUCAAGGAUAAUGAAGCUAUGUAUGCUCAUUCACUCAUGACUGAUACUGGCUGCCUGGUCCAGCUGGUUGAUGAGACUAAGGAUGGACAGAAGGACGACACUUUUAGACAAGUACAAAAGCCUGUGUACCAGCUUCAGACACCUGAUGGAGUAGACAUAGCUGUUUGCAAAGCAGAUAUGUGCAGUUACCCAGUGCACGCAGUUGUCAAUGCUUCUAAUAAGGACUUGGAUCACAAUGGCGGUCUUUCAGCAGCACUACUGAAAGCUGCUGGUCCACAGUUCAAGGAUGAAUGUGACAAACUAAUAAGGUUGAAUGGACAGCUCAAGCCAGGAGACACUGUGAUAACUGGUGCAGGAGGCCAGCUUUGCUGUAAAAAAGUCAUCCAUGCAGUGGGACCCAAUUUUGAUCCUGCCAAUCCCAAGAAGGCUCAGGCGCAAUUGAAAAGAGCUGUUAAAGGAAGCUUAGACCUCGCUGAGCAGCAUGGUUGUGUCUCUGUGGCACUGCCCGCCAUCAGUAGAAAUCAGGGCUUUCCUCUCAAUUUGUGCGCCAUCACCAUCGUCAAAGCAGUGAAGGAACACUGUGAGGACAAGUAUGACGACAUCACCCUGAAGAGGAUACAUUUUGUAAACAAUGAUGACAGCACUGUUCAGGCUAUGGAGGCAGCUGUCAGACAGGAGUUUGGAAAUUAUGGUGUCAGUUCUGCUCAGCAAACUCCUACUCAGGCCGUCAAAUCACCUGUGAAACAGGUUGCAUCUGACCCAAACUGCUUGGGUCAAGGGUUGACCAAAGAGGGUGUGGGUAUCACUCUGACAACAGGAAAUAUUGAAAAUGCCACGACGGAGGUUAUCGUGAAUACUGCGUCUGAAGAUCUUGCACUGAACAAAGGGGCAGUUUCAAAUGCCAUCCUGGGUGCGGCUGGACCCAAACUGCAGCAGUUGGUAAAGGCAAAGAAUGCAAAAGGAAAUGUUGGUGAAGUGAUUGUAACUGAUGGCUGCAACCUGAAGUGCAAACAUGUGUUUCAUGCAAUUGCACCUCACUGGAACAAUGGACAAGGCACAACUGAAAAGGCACUGAGUGACAUUUUCAAGGACUGCUUGGGCAAGGCAGAGGCCAGUGGUCUCACCUCCAUAUCCUUUUCUGCCAUUGGCUCUGGAAAUCUGGGCUUCCCAAGAGACCUUGUGGCCUCUUUGAUGUUGGAUGAAAUCAUAGCGUUCAGCAGUAAGAAGAAACCUAAGAACCUGAAGAAGGUCAUGAUUGUCCUCUACCCAAAAGAUGCAGAAACUAUCCAGGCUUUUAUUGACGAAUUUAAACAGAAGUUCUCCAACACUUCGUGUGGUCCGGUGACCUCCAGUUCCACACAAAGUUCAGGUCCCUUUUCUAAAAUCACCUCAAGCUCAGGAAUGUAUGAGACCCAAAUGGGAGCAGUGGUUAUACAGGUGCUCACAGGAGACAUUACCAAGGAGACCAGUGAUGUCAUUGUGAACUCCUCCAAUGAGGGGUUCACUCUCAAGUCAGGAGUAUCCAAGGCUAUUCUGGAUGCAGCUGGUCAGGCUGUUGAAGCAGAAUGCCAAACCCUGGGUGCCCAGCCUAACCCAGGCAUCAUAAUGACCCAGCCAGGUAACCUGAAGUGUAAGAAGAUCCUCCACCUGGUCGGACAAACGGACCUUGUAAGAAUCCAAAAGGUUGUGAAAGAGGCUCUCCUGAUGUGUGUGAAAAACUCACACACUUCUGUCUCCUUUCCUGCCAUUGGCACAGGUCAAGGUAAUGUAAAGGCAGGGCAGGUAGCGGAUGCCAUGUUGGAUGCAGUGAUUGAUGUGUUGAGCCAAAAUACUUCCAGUGCCCUGAAGACAGUCAGGAUUGUUAUAUUCCAGGCACCCAUGCUUAAAGAGUUCUACAACAGUAUGCACCAAAGGGAAGCCACUGAACCCAAGAGUAAAGGAGGCCUCUGGGGAAACAUUGGCUCCAUUGGCUCCAAAAUCAAAUCGUUCUUUACUGGUGAAAGUUCUGACAAGCCAAAAAAAGAUGGAGAUUUUGUCAUUGAAGCUCUUGAAGUGGAUGCGGCUUGCUUCCACAUCUGCGGUGACUCACAGACUGCAGUAGACAGAGCCAAGCAGCGGAUCGACGACCUCAUAUCGAAAGAGUACGAAACCAUCCUCAUUGACGACAACACCAUCCUUAGCUUCCCUGAUGCAGAUUACCAGCACAUUGCAGUCAUCCAGAGGAAUAUGGGCGUGAGCAUAAGGAUGGAAAGCAAGGAGGACCAAGUCUCAAUGACCAUUGAGGGAAUCAGCAAGAAUGUGCUCAAAGCCAACAUUGAGAUCCAAAAGAUGCUGAGGAAGGCAAGAGAUGAGGACGAAAUGAAGAGAAAAGAGGAUCUGGCGGCCACAGUGGCAGACUGGCAGUACCAGCAGCAGGGGUCUCAGUUUCAGAGUUUUGAUUCAAAAAACAACUUCCUGCUUGAAGAAGCACUGGGAAAGAAUCUGCCUCAAGUAAAAGUCACAGUCAUGGGUCAAGACUACACUGUCACCAUGCCAGAUGGACCUGCCACUGAUAAUCAGGGACGUACCCUACAGAUAAAGAGAAUUGACAAACUAAAAGAUGAAGAUGUGCCGGAGGAAUGGGAUGCCAUGCCAGCCAAAACAUCGAGUCAUGCUGUCACCAUCCAGGCUGGAACGGCAGAACACAAUAAAGUCCUGAAUCUGUUCCAGGCCACCUGCAAGCAAACUGUUAUUAAGAUUGAGCGGAUCCAGAAUCCAAUAUUAUGGAAGAGCCUCCAGAUCAAGAAGCGUGACAUGGAGCAGAGAAACAGUCAUCAGAACAAUGAGAAAUUUCUCUUCCAUGGUACCUGCGAAUCCACUGUGCCCACCAUCAAUGAGCACGGCUUCAACAGGAGUUACGCAGGAAAGAAUGCUGCUUGUUUUGGCAAUGGCACAUACUUUGCUGUCAAUGCCAGUUACUCUGCGCAAAGCACCUACUCCCCGCCAAAUGCACAAGGGGAGAAGUGCAUGUACCUCUGUCGUGUGCUGACCGGGGAUUACACGCUCGGACAACAAGGCAUGAUCGUACCACCAACCAAGGGCGCCGUCUCUGUUCAGAAGUACGACAGCCUCGUUAACAACAUGUCCACCCCUGCCAUGUUCGUUAUCUUCCACGACUCCCAGGCUUAUCCUGAAUAUUUGAUUACAUUCAAGUGAAACAAUCAUGUGAGGAGAUAACU